AUGUAUGUCUAUCGGAACAGCGAUCUGCCCCCGGACCCUCACUUUCCGGCCGACCUCGAGAAGCUGGGGUAUACUAUCACAGCAGACGAUAAGAUCCGCAGCAGCAUCGACCUCGAGACAGGCUUCAAGUACAAGAUCAACAGAAACGACCGCUACAAUGUCAAAAACCGUGAAGCCAUGGAUGAAUGCGUCCGGCGAAUUGUCAUAAGUCGUCUUCAGGAGGCGGGCCUUGAAAUUUGGCGGCUUCCAUUUGGCAACUGUCCUCAAGAGUCGAAAGCACCCACUAGUGAGCCCCAUGUGCCAAUUCUAGUUUCCAAGAACUUGUCCAAGGCAGCUCGGGUGAUCGUGGUUUUCGGCGACCUUGUCCAGGACCUGGGUAUCUGGACUUAUCGCUCUGUCGGCGCGGACGGAAUCAACUUUGGCUCGGCUGUCAACUUCACCAAGAGCGUGCUCGGCGAUGCUACCGACACCACAGGCACGGCUCUUGUAAUUGCCAAUACUGGUCAGUUGCUCUGGCACUGUGUCUCGUCUCGUGCUGUCACACAGCGGACGUGGGAGGCAGCAGACCGACCUGCCGGCCAUUUGGGCCAAGCUACCAGGUCCUGGCGCAACAAGAUCCCCGGGAACAAGGACUGGCGGGAGCAUAUCCGGUACGUCUUUGAACAUGUCCUGUGGCCAUGGCUGAAUAAGAAGAGCCGUAUCGACGUGAUUGGUUUGUCUGAGGGCGGACAGGGUGCCAUCGAGUAUCUGCAGAAGCGCUGGGCUGUGUGGAAGCCAUACAUCUCGGGUAUCUGUCUCGGCAACCCGCUUCAUUCUACCGUAGUAGAUCUGGACAUGAGCACCCUGACCGACCCCAAGCCCUUCACUGCAUUCCUUGCCUCUCGUGGCCGCGCAUACGUCAUAUCUUCCGAUGAGGUUGGCAAGUUUCAGGCUAGAUACCGUGAUCAUGGGUGCAACUGCUACGCUUCCGGGGAAGAGUUCAACGCCGAGUGUAUCAUGCCUCAUGCCUGUGGCGAUAUGCUGGCCUGGCUCAACGUUCUUUACCUGAAUCCCGAUUACGCAGAGCAGGUCAUGGUCAGAUCCGAGGACGUGGAUGAGAAGACUCGCGAGGCAGUUGAAAAUAUGACAGUCGAAGAUGAGGAAUCUGUGACAGCCGAGGUUGGUACCAAGGACGACUAA